AAUAAGGUAUGGGGACUUUAAGUACAUUUGGUUCUUACAUGGCCAUGGUGGUGGUACAAUUCGGUUAUGGUGGAGCCACCAUCCUCAUGAAGAUUGCCCUCAAUAAGGGACUCAGUCAACUUGUCUUUAUAGUGUACAGACACCUAAUUGCCAUGCUCUUGUUAGGUCCUUUAGCCUAUUUCCUUGAGAGGAAACAACGCCCUUCUCUUUCACUUCCCUUGAUGAUCAAGAUUUUCAUUUUAUCAUCACUUGGGACUACUGUCCAUCUCAAUGUCUACUAUAUUGGCCUGGAUUACACUUCCCCAAUUGUUGCUAGUGCCUUAAGUAAUGUCAUCCCUGGCUUCACAUUUCUCAUGGCACUUCUCCUCAAGUAA